UCGUUUGUGCUCAGAAAUUAGGAAAAAUCGGAAGCGGAAGUUUUACUUGACAUGCGCCGUGCCUUGUCUCUCAUUCGAAAGCGAAACCAGAUACUGUGCGAACGUGCUGUCUGUGCCUUGUUGAUCUGGAUUCAGAACCUAAGUAUCAUGUCUGGAGAGGAGCAGCGCCAGCCAUUUGCCAGCGACGAGGAGACGAUCUCAGAAUCUUCGCGGACGCAUUAUCAUGUCUGGAGAGGAACAGCCCCAUCCGUUUGCCAGCGACGAGGAGAUGAUCUCGGAAUCUUCGCGGACGCAUUAUCAUGUCUGGAGAGGAACAGCCCCAGCCGUUUGCCAGCGACGAGGAGAUGUAUCAUGUCUGGAGAGGAGCAGCGCCAGCCGUUUGCCAGCGACAAGGAGACGGUGAGUUCUCACGCAUCCUCAAUCCCGCACACACGCACGCACCAACACCAACACACACACACACACACACAUACACUCGCGCGCGCUUGGAAGUCCGACCCGAAAUAGGUAUAUUUCAUUAAAACAUUUCCAGUCGAAAGUCGGGCUUGAGUUGUUUUCUUAUUCGUACAUUCAUAUAAUAUAAGUGAGACAAAUUAUCGAUAAAAGGCCAAUGCGACAGCCAUAUAUACAUAUAUUGUACGCACACAAACACACGCACAUUAUGCA